GAAGCACACCAGCCGGUAAUGUUAGAAGAGGUUUUAGAUUAUCUAGGCUCCCAAGAAAAUGGUAUUUAUGUGGAUGGCACUUUUGGCAGUGGUGGUCAUUCCCAAGCCAUAUUAGAAAAAAUAAAAAAUGAAGUUCAUUUAAGAAAAUUAAAUAUCAAUUUGGUAAAUGGUUUUUUAUUUGAUUUGGGCUUGUCCUCACCCCAACUGGCCGAAACCACAAGAGGAUUUAGUUAUCGCCUCAAUUCUCCACUUGACAUGCGAAUGAGCCAAAAAAAUGAUUUAACCGCUGCCGAAAUAAUUAACAAUUAUCCUUAUGAAAAACUAGCCGACAUUUUUUACCAUUAUGGGGAAGAAAGAAAAGCGCGCGCUAUUGCUCGGAAAAUCUGCCAUUGGCGAAAAAAAGAAAAAAUUACUACCACUCAGCAAUUAGUUGGCAUAAUUGCUGCUUGUUUUUCCCAAAAAAGCCAUAAACAUCCCGCUCGGAAAGUGUUUCAGGCUCUCCGCAUAUUUAUUAAUCAAGAAUUAGAAAAUCUGGCCCAAGCCUUAGAGUCGGCUCUUAAAUAUCUCGCCAUUAAUGGUCGAAUAAUAGUGAUUAGUUAUCAUUCCUUAGAAGAUAGAAUUAUUAAGCAAACAUUUAAAAGAUAUAGUUUAGCGGGAGACUUCCAAAUAAUCACUAAAAAGCCUUUAACUCCUAAUAAAGAAGAGAUAAAAAUUAAUCACCAGGCUCGGAGUGCCAAAAUGCGAGUUAUGACGCGAACAGUUGUAAAAUAA